AUGACGGCGGAUAUAAUUAAGGGUCCCACCUUGGGUCAACGACAUGUUCAAGUAUUUCUAAUGUUUCUCUGUAUAACGGUGAAUUAUAUAGUCAAAUACAAUGCGGGUGUAUCAGUGGUGGCCAUGACAAAUGCGGAGACCACAAAUCCAAACUUUCCCGAGUAUGAGUGGACAGAAAUGCAAAAAUCCUAUAUACUCUCCAGUUUCUUUUGGGGCUAUUUUGUAACACAAUUUCCUGGAGGCUUCCUUUGCAAACGUUUUGGUGCCAAACUAAUAAUGUUUGUAUCGACUUUUGGUUCGGCUGGUGUGGCUGUGCUCAUACCUCUAACAGUAGAUUGGGGCGGUUGGCAGGUCUAUUGUGGUAUUCGUAUGAUACAGGGCCUAUUCCAGGGUCUACUCUUUCCAUGUGUACACGCCCAUUUAGCCGCCUGGUGUCCGGUAAACGAACGCAAUCGUCUAGGUGCUUUGGCCAAUACUGGUAUUGAAUGUGGUGCAUUGUUGGCCAUGUUUCUGAGUGGCAUUGUAGCGGCUUCGACAAUUGGCUGGCCUGGUAUUUCGUAUAUGUCCUGUGGUAUUGGUAUAUUUUGGUGUGCGCUAUGGCUUAUGUUUGCCGCCAAUUCUCCCAAUGAAUCGAAAUUAAUUUCAGAAGCUGAAAGAAGUUAUAUAGAAAAUUCCAAAAAUGCCUUAAAGGAACAUGAUGUGAAUGCAGCGCCAAAGUCUAUACCAGUACCCUGGAAAGCUAUUUUAAGCUCAUGGCCAGUAUGGGCUUUAUUGGUGGCCAGAUCAGCCAACUCUUGGGGCUUUUCGACUUUGCAGGCUGAAAUUCCUUCGUAUAUGAAUGCCGUUUUAGGCAUGGAUAUGAAAAAUAAUGCCUUAUAUUCCGCCUUGCCUUAUUUUGCCAUGUUUUGUAUGUCGUAUGUUUAUCUUAUUGCGGCCGAUAUACUUUUGAACCGUCAAAUCCUAACACUCAAUGCGGUUAGAAAAAUUUUCAAUUCCCUAUCUGCCUGGAUACCAGCUAUUGGCCUUAUACUUGUGGGAUUUGUGGACAAAGAUCAAAAAACCUUGGCCAUUGUUUUGAUGACGGCCAAUGUGGGCGUUAAUGCUGGUUCUACUAUAGGCAGUGCUCUCAACACUAUAGAUUUGUCACCCAAUCAUGCCGGAAUUCUAAUGGGUAUUGUUAAUACUCCAGCUAAUGUAGUGCCGAUUUUAACGCCCCUAUUAGUGGGUCUCAUUGUUGAGGAUGAGACUGAUCGCAUUGAAUGGCAAAUUGUGUUUGCCAUAUCGGCUGCAGUGUUUGCUUUGGCCAAUCUUUUCUAUAUUGUCUUUGGGUCCACAAAAUUACAGCCCUGGGAUGAUGAGAAUUUCCUUCUGUCCAAGGAUAUACAAAAUGAAGACUGCAAAAGGAAAACACCAUUAGAUAUUAAGUAUUAA